AUGCCUAUGCAAAGACAACGCAGCAAGCCCGAUCUUGAGUUCACGCUUCGCCAGGUUUUUGGAAAGCCUUCAUUCAGGCCUGUACAGCGCGAAGUCAUUGAGACUGCUCUUGACGGCAAUGAUGUUUUCCUCCAAGCUGCCACCUCAUUUGGCAAAAGUCUAUGCUUUCAGCUACCAGCAUGCAUCGACAUUGGGAUCACCAUAGUCGUAUCACCUCUCCUUGCCCUCAUGAAUAAUCAGGUCGCUGCUUUACGCAGGGCAAACAUUCGGGUCGCUACUAUCAAUAGCACCGUCUCCAAGUCCGACCGUGAUGCCACCAUGGCCGAUCUCAAAACCGGUCACCCCCUCACCAGACUUCUCUAUGUCACCCCCGAAUUCUGUGCCAUGGACCAUUUCCGCCGGGUCUUGCGCAUAGUCCAUGCACAGAAGGAACUUUCUCGGAUUGCCAUCGAUGAGGCGCAUUGUAUCUCUGAAUGGGGUCACGAUUUCCGACCCAGCUUCAAGGAACUCGACUUCUUCAAGCGAGAGUUCCCAGAUGUACCCAUGAUAUGCUGUACCGCGACGGCUACACAGAGAGUGCGCGACGACAUCAUCGCAACACUGCAUCUCGACAAGCGCAGGCUGAAGCACUUCACCAUGACCACUAGCCGCCCGAAUCUACACUACGAGGUUCGGUAUAAGUCUGACGAGGAAGACCACUAUGACGAUUUUCUGGCGUGGAUCAAAGCAGCACAUGCUCGACGCAAGAGUCCAGAACGAGCCGCGGAACUGGCAGCACGAAACGAACGACCCACGAAUGUCCCUGGUAUCAUCUACACAUUAUACCGCCGAGAUUGUGAGCUAAUAGCCGAGCGAUUAACCAGCGACGGCAUUGGUGCGAAGCCCUACCACGCCGGUCUCACAAACGAUCAGAAAGACGACCAUCUUUCUGGUUGGGUAGCCAAUCAAGAUGGCUACGAUGUCAUUGUCGCAACCACGGCGUUUGGCAUGGGCAUUGACAAAGAAAACGUUCGCUUCGUCGUACAUUGGCAGAUCUCAAAAUCUUUCGAAGGAUACUAUCAAGAAGCCGGACGCGCAGGAAGAGACGGCAAAGCCUCCGUCUGUAUAGUGUACUACUCACGCGAAGACCGCGACCGUGGUGCGAACCAGCUGGCCAGAGCACAGGAGCAGAAAAUGAGAACCGAGAUGAACAAAGGACGCAACAAUCCCGAGUACGACAACAUGAAUACACAUCCCGACAGCAAUGGCCGAGCCAACUCGCUGCUGUUCCUCACGAAAUACUGUGAGGCGACUGGUACUUGCAGACACAAGAUGGUGGCUGAAUAUUUUGGAGACAAGACCGAUGUGUCUUGUGUAUAUGCUUGCGAUCAUUGUAAAGAUCAGAAGGGCUUGGAGAUGAGGAAGAACAGUGGUUUGGCGAGUGAGGAGUGGUGCUUGACACAGAGGCAGUCAUACUCUUAUGACGAGUACGACUAG